CACUAGUCAGCCAAGUAAUGACGUGGAAGUAAGUAGAUACUUGGUGCUCACGUUGUGUAAACGAAACUCUUUUUUCUCAUCUUUAUAGAAGGUGAUUAUAUUCAACCCCUUUUUUUUUUAUCCAAGAGAUAGUACUCCAAUUAAAGUACAUAUCAAAUAUAUUUCUGUAAAUUCUACUCCUGUACAAAAUUUCAUUAAACAUAAGUGUCAUACUUAAGAAAUGUUCCCUAUAAAUGAUUAUCUGGAAGAGUAUCUGAGUACCAUACAAUUUUUGAAAUGCUCUUUAAAAUUAUCGUCGUAAGCGGCGCUACCGUCUACAUCUUGUAAUGGCGUUAAAGUUUUCCGUAGUGAGAUUUGUGAGGAGUUCGCGUAGAAGAGAACAGUAAUUUCAUUCGUUUUUUGUUUUCACGCAUUGAUUGUCCUGCAUGAACGGUGACGAGGGGUAGUGAUGACCUCGUACACAUUUUCGCAGAAGUCAUUAAAUCCUGUGCCACCGGAGAAGGGCAGUUUUCCUCUCGAUCAUGAGGGUUUUUGCAAGGAGCCCAUGCUCAAGUAUAUGCGUUGCUUGUUCGAGAAUAAGAACGACAAUACAUUGUGCAGAAGCUUAGCAAAGGAAUACCUUGGUUGCCGAAUGGAUAAUGAAUUGAUGACAAAAGAAGACUGGGUCUCUCUCGGAUACGCUGACCAGGUCAAGGAGACAUAACAGCAGCAGUUUAUUACUAAUCAAUCCCCUUAUCGAAGUUUUUAUCGAUCGACCAGCAUUUACGAACUUUUUGUCGAGUCAUUUUUAUUUUAUUUGGGAAAAAAACGAAUCUACAGGUUCUAGAAUAUAUAUAAAAUUUUCAGAUAAUAAUAAUAUAUGUAUAUAUAAUAUAUAUAUACAUAUAUAUAAAUAUAUAUAUACGCAUAUAAGUGCUUAUACGAAAAUAUUGGCCAGCAAUGCAUUAAUGUUUCCAAAGAAGUGAAUUUCUUUUAGUAUAUAGUCAUACUGAAGUGACAAAUAAUAAAGUGCAGUGAAAAAACUUCAAAGCCAUCUACUCAGUACUUAAAACUGCCUGUUACAUAGAGACAAUAGCAUGUUUGUCAAAUAGAUUUAAGAAGAUAAAUUGUUGUCAAACUUAGAGCUCUGUUACUUAUAGUUCUGUGUUGAUUCAGCUAAUCAAGGUAUUUCAAAUCAGACGGCCUAAUAUAUUAUAAAAUACUUUUUGUUGUAUUCGGAUGGACCAGGCCUAUUCCAUAUUGUUCUUUAGUAUUAUUAAUACCGUAGAAGUGCGGUUCAAACAGUGAAAAAAUAAACAGAUAACAAUUUACUUGAAGAAAAACAAUAAAGUUCAAUCUAUUAA